AUGGCCAUGCAACCUUGGGUAGGCAGUGCCUACCCUGCCUACCCUGACUGCACAUCACUGGAGGACACAUCCCUCCGUGGCCAGACGGCAGUUGUGUGGGAGGGGGAGCUGCCAUGCAGAAAGUGGGACUGUGAAUGUGCUUUCAGUCGCUUGCGGGGCUGCUGCUGUGGAGAAACGGAGCUCUUUGAAGUGGAGGAUGAAAUCUUUAUGAGAAUGAUGGACCUGUCGAGGAGAUUGUUCCAACUGAGUGAUAGCAUCUUUGAAGUCAUAGGAGGAAUACGGAUUGCAUUCACAGCUUCUUUGAGCCACAAAACAAACUGCUUUGGCCCUUUGACCAGGAGCAGGCCGAUUCCUGAUGACACUGUCACCCUCAACCAUGGAAGUGGAUAUAACCCUGCACUAGGUAUAUUCACAGCACCUCGCUCUGGACUCUGCUCCUUCUCCUUCUCGGUGUACUCGAAGGUGGGUGCAUCAGGCGAGAGGAUGUACUACAAGGUACGACUCAUGAGAGAUGGGGAAGUGAUGGCCUCAACUUGGGAGGACAACAGGGAGGAUUCAGAGGACAGCAGCUCUCAUCUUCUGUCACUGCAGCAAGGAGGCCAGAUGUAUGUAGAGCUGCUUAAUGACAGGCAGCUAUGUGGGAAUGCUGAGGGCCUGAACAGCUUCUCUGGCUCCUUAAUUUAUCACACUCUGCCCAAAUAAUGAUUUAUUUCUAUGUGGCUUCAGUGUUUCAUGGGUUUACUUUUUUGUGGAAAUUACCACAGGAAAAUAAAAAGCAUGCAUGCAGGAUGUUAAUGGCAUAUACUGUAUGUAACUGUGUGACCUUUUUUGAAGAUACAAUUCAGAAAUUGCACAUAUAUGUCUGUUUAAAGAAUGAUAAAAGCAAGAAUUAAUAAAUUAAAUACUGAAAUAAUA